CAGUGGCAGAAUCGAUUACACUCUGAAGAGAAGAACUUUGAUUUUCAGAAUGCUUUGGAAAUGGAUUUCUGCUCUGCUGCUGCUACAGAUAAAUUGCUGCUUCAGAUCUGCAAAGUGUGGGAAGGUGUUGGUAUGGCCGGUGGACUUCAGUCACUGGAUGAAUAUAAAGAUAAUAUUGGAUGAACUUAUACAGAAGGGCCAUGAAGUCACUGUUUUGAGACCUUCAACUUCCAUCUUUCUUGAUCCCAAAAAAUCACCUGGCCUUAAGUUUGAAACCUUUCCGACAUCUUUCAGUAAUGAUGCCGUGGAAAUUAUUUUUGGAAAACUUGUGGAAAGAUGGACUUAUGAGGUUCCAAGAGAUACAUGUUUAUCCUAUUCUCCUGUACUACAAAAUAUAAUUGAUGAAUAUUCUGAUUACUGUUUAAUGCUUUGCAAAGACACGGUUUCAAACAAACAGCUCAUGGCAAAACUCCAGGAAUCCAAGUUUGAUGUCGUUUUGUCAGAUGCUAUUGGUCCCUGUGGGGAGCUCAUAGCUGAACUGCUCCAAAUUCCUUUUCUAUAUAGUCUUCGCUUCUCUCCUGGCUACCAUCUUGAAAAAUACGGUGCAGGACUUUCUCUCCCUCCCUCUUAUGUACCUGUAAUUUUGUCAGGAUUAAGUGGCCAAAUGACGUUCAAAGAGAGGGUAAAGAAUAUGAUAUGUAUGCUUUAUUUUGACUUUUGGUUCCAGACAUUUAGGGAGAAGAAAUGGGAUCAGUUUUACAGCGAAACUUUGGGAAGGCCAACCACCUUAAUUGAGACAAUGGGCAAAGCAGAAAUGUGGCUCAUUAGAUCCUAUUGGGAUUUGGAUUUUCCUCACCCAACCUUACCAAAUGUUGACUAUAUUGGAGGAGUCCAUUGCAAACCUGCUAAACCAUUGCCUAAGGAAAUGGAAGACUUUGUCCAGAGCUCUGGAGAGCAUGGUGUGGUGGUGUUUUCUCUGGGGUCAAUGGUCAGUAAUAUGACAGAAGAAAAGGCCAAUGCAAUUGCAUGGACCCUUGCCCAGAUUCCACAAAAGUUUUUCAAGACAGGGUUUCUCUGUGUAUCCCUGCUGUCCUGGAACUCACUCUGUAGACGAGGCUGGCUUCAAACUCAGAAAUCCACCUGCCACUUGGUCCAAGAAUUCUAGCACUAGCACCUAUCAUGGGCCUGGCUAUAAAGAAAAUGCUAUGUGGUUGUCAACCAUUCACCAUGACCAGCCUAUGAAGCCCCUGGACAGAGCAGUCUUCUGGAUUGAGUUUGUCAUGCGCCACAAAAGUGCUAAGCACCUGAGGCCACUUGGACACAACCUCACCUGGUACCAGUACCACUCUCUGGAUGUGCUUGGAUUCCUGCUUGCUUUUGUGACAUUCAUUGUAGCCCUCAUUGUAAAGUGUUUCUUGUUUGUUUACCGAUUCUUUGUAAAGAAAGAAAAGAAAAUGAAGAAUGAGUAGAACUCAUUGAUUAUGCAUUACAUGAAUGAAAUUUUACCAUCAUUCUAUGUUAUGAACAACCUUUUAAACACUCACUUAUCACUUUACAGAAGCAUAUCUUUUUUGUGGUUUUGUACCAUGUAAAAACAAAACACUUAUAAGUCUGUGACUACUGAUAUGUUAUCAAAGAAUCCUAUCAUUAUUUUAAUUUUCAAACUAUUAAAUGUAAAAUAAUUUGCAUGUGUAGAAACAUAUGGAAAAUAAAAAUUUACUUGACAGAGUCUUAAAAAUCAGAGUAUUAUCCUUCCAAUAUUUGAAAAUUUUCGAUUUGUCUCUAUCUUCAAGACCAACUCUAUAGAUGUCAUACAUUUCCAAAAUAAAAAAAAAAAAAAAGCUUACUCAAACA